AGAGGAGCGAAACAUGGCGACCUCGAAUAAUCCGCGAAAAUUCAGCGAAAAGAUCGCGUUGCACAACCAAAAGCAAGCGGAAGAGACAGCAGCGUUCGAUGAGGUGAUGAAAGACCUGAGUAUCACGCGGGCGGCCCGUUUACAGUUACAGAAGACACAGUAUUUACAGCUUGGUCAGAACCGAGGACAGUACUAUGGUGGCUCUUUGCCAAAUGUCACUCAGAUUGGGAACACCACCAUUGACCUUCCCUUUGAGAGUGCUUUUCAGAAUUCAGGGUUGGACUCAAGUAGAAUGACUCGUCACCAUGGGCUGGUGGACAGGGUCUAUCGGGACCGAAAUCGGAUCACGUCCCCUAACCGCAGACCCCUUUCUGUGGACAAACAUGGCCGUCAAAUUGAUAGCUGUCCAUAUGCCUCUGUGUAUCUGUUACCCCCACCUGAUACCAGCUGGAGGAGGACCAACUCAGACUCUGCCCUGCACCAGAGCACUUUGAACCCAAACCCACAAGAUGCAUAUGCAGGAGGAUCUCAAGAAUUGCAGCUAAAACAAGUUUUUCUUCUCACUGUGCCAGGAACAGGGGAACCAGGAAGUGACAUGGACAAAGAAGGUGAAAAACAGAUAUGGGAUCAUAAAAAGAAUACUUCAUCAAGGCCCAAGUCAAACAAAAUACCUGGAAUCAACAUAUUUCCAUCUCCAGAUCAGGAAAUGACUGCAUCUUUAAUCCCAGCGGCACACAACACAGGCGGCUCUCUGCCAGACCUCACCAACAUCCAGAUCCCACCUCCUCUUCCCACACCUCUGGACCCUGAUGACUCCUCCUCCUCUUUCAGUUGUUCCAACAGCACUGGCAAUCUGGCCAACACUCACAUGGGCCUCACUUCUGCCAGCCAAGGUGUGAUGUCAGCACAACCUACGGUGACUGGCAGUGUUCAACGCCGGCAUGAGAAUGUGGUUUCUUUGAUUCUCAACACUGACUCCCAGCAGCAUCAGAGUCUUCAGCAGCUGUCGCCCACCCUCUCUCCUCCUCUCUCUCUUGCACAGGCGGAGACAAUAGAUGCCAUGAUGCUGGAGCAACAGUUGGCUCAGUAUGCUUUCUUCAGUCAGCCGUCCACACAAAUGCAGGGUGUCUGUGGCCUUCUUCAGCUACAGCAGAACUCUCAGCUACCGCCUGUCUCUAGCAGUCAGACACAGACCUCCAUGGGCAUUGAUAUUAACACGCACUCCUCCAUUCUCGGAAGUGUCUUUGCUGAUGCCUUUUAUGACCAGCAGCUCUCUCCUCGGCAGACCAGUGCUUUGUCUCAGCAGCUGGAGCAGUUCAACAUGCUUGAGAAUCCCAUCAGUCUGUACAGUGAGGGUUCCACUCUGAACUACUCUCAAGCUGCAAUGCUCAACCUGACCGGGAGCCACGGCAACCUGCAGGAUGCGCAGCAGCUAGGCUACAGCAGCCAUGGUAACAUCCCCAACAUCAUUCUCACAGGUGACGUGAGUUUUGACGCAGAUUCCCAGUUCCCCCUGGAUGAGUUGAAAAUCGAUCCACUAACUCUGGAUGGCCUGCACAUGCUCAACGAUCCUGACAUGGUUCUUACUGACCCUGCGACUGAAGAUGCUUUCCGGAUGGACAGGCUGUAAUCUUUAGGUAUAUACUGUUCAUUUGUCCUUCUUUGAGAUUGGUGUGGUUAAGUGGGAGAGAAGCUGUCAUCUCUACAGCAUGUCUGGGGAACACCUGACCCUGUUUCUCAAAACCUUCCCUCCGGGAAUACGGGUGGUCACUGACAUUGCUGAGAAUGUUGCCACUGUAUGCUGCCACAUCUAAUGAAUCCACCUUUUGAGAAAGCAGCCCAGCAUUUCUAUAAUACUCACACCUCAACAAUUGUGGUUCUUUUAGCUCUAUAUAAGUGAUUGCGAUAACACUAUGUAAGCUCCAUUCAUUUCAUUUCCUGUAGAAGCCUCUCCUCCUCCUCCUCCUCCUCUGCAGCACCAAUCAUAUCCUUCUGAUGCCAGCCAGCUCGCCUAUCACUAGGUCAUACAUGCCUGUGUUACAUGCCACUUUUAAAGAUUAAUAUUUAUUUAUGCACUUUUAUACAUGCAUAUGCCACCAAAAACAUUGUUUGCCAUGAGCUGUUUUUCAUUUAUUUUCUUAAACAAAUGUUUCUUGUUCGUAAGACCAAUAAUGGUGAAAAAGGAGUGUUAAUCCUCCCCAUUUUAAGGGCAGUAUUGUAGUUCUCAUGCAUUACAUGCAACACAUUUUCACUUUCCACAUGAACACUAAUGUACUCAAAGACAGCUACGGUUGUUCAGUGCGGUCCGAAUUUAUGAUUGUAAUGUUUUUAAAUAUCUAGUUGUGUCACACUUUGCUGAGAUGCAGUUGUGCAGCUUAAACAAGGAUAAUGUGGCUAAAAAUGACAAAGAACUGUGUAAGGAUUGUGGUCAAAUGAAUCUGCAUCAAUUGGAAAUUCUAAUAUCCUUUGUGCAUAAAGGAAUAUUCUGAGUUCAAUACAAGUUCAGCUCAAUUGGCAGCAUUUGUGGGACAAUGUUGAGUACCAUAAAAAGUUAUUUUGACUCGUCCUUCCAUUUCUUUUAAAAAAGCAAACAUCUGGGUUACAGUGAGGCACUUACAAUGGAAGUGAAUGGGGCCAAUGCGUAAACAUCAAAAUACUCACUAUUUCAAACAUAUUGACUCAAAAAAGUAAACAAAAUGCAUCUUAACAUGAAUUUAGUGUGAAAAAAAUUGCUUACUAACUACAUUUCUGUGUGAAGUUUCAUCCAGUUUUACUUCGUUCCCAUAAAGUAAUGCCGUAAACACUAAAACCCUAAAAAGACAGAACUGUCUGUUUAAACAACCAUUACAGAUCUGUUUUAACUGAAGAAUUUAUGUAAGUGAUUUUAUAAAAUUAUAAGCUUCACAUUUCUCUUUAAAACCUCCAAAAAUUGGUCCCAUUCACUUCUAUUGUAAGUGUCUCACUGUAAACUUGAUUUUGGCUUUUUUUUUUUUUUAAGAAAAGGAGAGACAAGUAGAAAUGAAUCAACAUUAUGCCAGAAAUCCUGUCUUGAGCUUAAAACAUCCAGACCUUUAAAUGUGCAGAAUAUGCACACGGUUACAAUGUAAAAAACACUAAAUUAAAAAGUUAGCUGAUCUGUAAAUAACUACCUACCAGUUCUGUAUGCACUAGCUAAACUUUUCAUGAAAUGGUGCAUUUUGAAUCAAUAGACCAAGACAUUCAAUGUACAGUGUGGAUGUAAUGUGAUGAUAUUGCUCUUUAUGUACAGCCAUGUUAUCUAUAAAUGCAGUGUACAUGGUACAAUCAAUGUAAUGCUGUAAACUUUAGGUCAGAUUUCUUUGUUUACUUGUAAAGAAACGUGAAGCCACACUACAAGAUCAUAAUGAACAUUUGCAUAUAUGUAUCAAAACUAGUCACUGUGAUAACCAGAUUCUGCCUUACAUUGAGAAGAUGCAGUUUUUGUAAAUUCUGUUGUGUGACGAUGUACUCUGUAGCUGAAGGCUUGUUUUCUGUUUAUGGAAGAAUUUGGUACUGUAAAAUAUGCUGUUAACUCAUAACAAAAGGGUUGUCUUUGCACUCAUAUUUGUCCUCUGGUUGCUUCAUGAUGUCAUAUGCCCAAAAGGGGAGGUUUACUACUCUUUUUAAUUUAGUCAUUCAUCUUUUCUCAUAUUUCCUCUGAAUUUUUAUACUCGUACCACUUUUGUAAGUGUGAGAAUUUUGUUUACAAAACCAUUUGAAAAGAACAUUAAUACGAUCUUGAUAAAUUAACUAACAAAAUGUUAAAUAUAUAAAAAGAUAUUUUGAGAAAGUUUGUUAUCAUAUAAAGGGUUAAUCAGAUUUGGAAUAAUACCUAUGCAGAGCAUAA